UGUUACAAAAUGAACUCGUCCAAAAUGAUAGAAUUUUGCAUUGAAAAUGGAGUUAUAUUUAAAUAAACAAAAAUGGUGUUACUCUAAAAAAAAUUGAUUCGAACCAAAAGACAAGUGUUUUCCAUCACGAAUAAUGCUAUUUUCCAAUUCGUUGCUUAUGGAAAUAUUUGAAAAAAGGGAAUUUCUCUCUGUUUGAAGGUUAGAGGCAUUUUAUUCUCUAUAGGUCAUUAGCUUCCGUAAAAAGAAUGUAAAUAGAAAUCAUAUGAUCUCUGGCCAAGGACUCAAAAUCAAGUAUAUCUAAAUUUACAUUUGUCAUACAACUUCUCCCUACUGAUAAUUUACACUAAUCACAAAUUGUGUUUUUGUCUAAUUAUGUCACAAUAGGUCAAAAUAAUUAUUUAUUGACCCAGAAUGUCCGAUACAACAGAAGGAUUUAUCAGUGGGGGUUUUGUGUUUUACAAUAAUUUCGAUUCUGCAAAUUUAGCAAAAGUUAUACAAGUUGAUGUCAAUGCAGCAAACGACAAUGGAGAAAAUGAAAAUGACACUAAAUCGGCUAAAAACGGACAUGUCGAGGAAAAUCUCGACUACGAAUUCAAUUUAUGGACAAAGCACGAUUGUCAUGGAACAGAAUAUGAAAAUAGUAACCGAACCUGGUUCUAUUUUGGUGUCAAGGCUCCUAAAUCAGGAGCACUUGUUCGACUUAAUGUCAUUAAUCUCAAUAAGCAGGUAAAAAUGUUUAGCCAAGGCAUGUGCCCUGUCUACAAAGUUCUGCCAGGACAUCCUCAAUGGGAACGGAUUCGAGAUAAGCCGAUCUAUGCGUUGGACGAAAAAAGUAACGAAUUCACUCUAUCGUUCACCUACCGAACUCCAGAUAAUCUCAAAGCCAUAACAUACUUCGCCUUUACGUAUCCCUUCACGUAUAACGAUUUACAAACGCAAUUGAAAAAAAUACAGUCAAGAUUGGCCAGAAGGACCAUUAAUUCCGUGGACGAUAUUUACUAUCACAGGGAAUGUGUCAUCAAAUCGUUAGAGGGCCGUAGACUUGAAUUAUUAACCAUAAGUUCGUAUCAAAACAUAUCAAUGGAGAGAGAGGACAGUCUGAUGAAUUUAUUCCCGGAAAAUAACGAGUUGAGACCAUUCAAAUUCAAGAACAAAAAGGUCAUUUUUAUAAGUGCCCGAGUACAUCCCGGCGAAACGCCUUCGAGUUUCGUCCUAAACGGUCUUCUGAAUCUUCUACUCAAUCGAGAGGAUCCAAUAGCAAUAACUUUACGUCGACUCUACGUGUUCAAACUAAUUCCAAUGCUAAAUCCCGAUGGAGUUGCAAAAGGUCACUACCGAAUGGACACCAAGGGGGUUAAUCUAAACCGAGUGUACUUGAAUCCUUCUGAAAGUGAUCAUCCAACUAUAUUUGCUGCCAGAACGUUAAUUAGGUAUUAUCAUAAUUUCUACAAGCUGCCAGAAGAGACUGAUAUUAAAAUCGAAAAAUCUCACGUAAGUUUGGAAGAGAAUCGCGAUAGCAACUUAAUAAUUCCGGAAAGUGUAACUAACGUAGUUAGAGAUACAACUAAUCAUCUACUCGAACAAGUCACAUUGAUGUCCCUGGAAGAGAAAAGCAAAAGUGAUCUGACUUACGACAAAUGCCAUAAAGCUAAGGAAAACAUUCUACGAGUAAAAUCCAAAGAUGUAGAAGAAAGACGAAGACCAGAGACAGCAGACAAUAAAAGAAAAUUAGCAAAACAGCCUAAAGAAACAGAAGAAUCUGGUAUAUUUCUUUAUGUCGAUUUACAUGGUCAUGCUUCUAAAAAGGGAAUCUUCAUGUAUGGAAAUUAUUUCGAUGAUUCUGACGAAUCAAUCACUUGUUUACUGCUACCAAAAUUAAUGUCCCUCAAUAAUCCAAAUUUUCAUUUUACUUCAUGCAAUUUCGCCGAAAGAAAUAUGUAUCUAAUAGACAAAAGGGAUGGAAUGUCAAGAGAAGGAUCGGGUCGAGUGGCAGUUUAUAAAUUAACGGGUUUGAUUCGAAGUUACACUCUCGAGUGUAAUUACAAUUCGGGUCGAUUAAUUAAUGCAUUGCCACCGCGAGUGCGCGAUAACAUGAGCAAAAUUCAAACGCCAAUUUACGUUCCUCCAAAGUAUACUCCAGCGGUUUAUGAAGAAGUGGGAGCAGCGUUAGGACCCUCAAUUUUGGAUCUAACUGGCAGCAAUCCCAAUAGUCGUUUAUCAAACAGUCAAUAUCAUUCGCUGAGGGGUUUAAAGUCCUAUUUAAAAUUAACAUACGCCAACAAUUGUACCGCCCCAUUGCACAAGCCACUUCACAAGGAGAACAGUGGAAGUGUCAGUAGUAAACAGGAGAAUAAACCAGAGGAGGAAAUUGAAAUGACAGUAGUUGUGAGUUCAACAUCAAUUGAGAAUUCAACAAAAACUGAAAUUAAUCUCAUAAAAAAACCUUGUAUCGUUCGAAGAACAACAUCACUAUACACCGCAAUAAAGAAAAUAAAAACCAACAAAAAGCCCCGACAGAUUAUAAAUCGUAAAUUGGUAAAAGCACCAAAUUCAUCAAAUUUAAAAUCAACUAUUCAAAGUACGUCCCUAAUUUCAAAAAUCCACAACAAAAAUCAAUUGAAAAAGAAAAAAUUCCAAAAGACUCUCGACUAUCGUAUGGAGACAAACAAUUGUCUCGAUGAUAAUAAAUGCACCCUAAUGGUACAAGCCAAGAAACGUCGGUCAGUUAUCAAAAAUAAAAUAACAACAAUACAAAAGCAAAACGCAAAUAUGGAAAUAACGACAAUUGUUAAGCAAGGCACAAAAAGAUUAAAAGUCUCAGGACCGAAAAUAAUAAAAACUCGUCCUGAAAUUGGCGAAUCAGCGUCAGAUGAAACUUUCCCUGAUCAAAAAAUCAUUAAAGCAACAUCUACAAGAUCAAUUUGCGUCAAUAAGCAAAAAUCGAAUGCAACUUAUGUGAAGGGGAAGAAGCAAUUUUUGAAAGUUGAACAAAAGUCAAAGAAGUCUUCCAAUAAAAUGAAGAUGAAAAAUCGCAAGAAAACUGAAAACUGCGAAUCUAUCGUUAAUCAAAUUUCUAGUGAUAAUACUAAUUAAAUUUCUAGAAUUUUUAUUUCCUUUCAUUUGUGACCAUGACAAAAAAAAACUUAAAUAAUUCGGAAGGAAAUUUACACUAUUAAAAUAUAACUUAAAUAAUCAUUAAAUUCUUCAAAAUAUUAUGUCACAGAUGAAUUUUAUAAUUUUUUUUAGGACGCAUGAAUAUUGAAUAAAAUUUUUUAGUUUGAAAUAUAAAAAUAGAGGAGGUGAGUCUGUACGAAUGGGUGGAAGCAUCGGAACGAUAGACAGAGUCAAAAAAAAAUUAAUUUUAUAAUAGAAGCAACAAAGAAAUUUAGUAGAACUUGUUGAACACAAUUAACAAGGUUUACGGAUGGAGUUUAAGAUUUAAACACUUUUCGAUAUUAUUCAUGAUCUAGUAUGAAAAUAGUUGGUUUUUGUAUAGAACCAUCUUCUGUUUAAUUAACAGAACUCUCACGCGUCCUCUAUUCUUAUAUCUCUGUGGAAAAAAUAUACAAAGCAAUAUUAAAUGUCUGAUAAUGAUCAUCAUACUAAGUAAAAUUUUUACUAAAUAAAAAUUGUUUGAUUUGACAGAAACUUCUGUCUAAUAUUCAAAAUAAUAAUUUUCUCCUAUAUUCAUGCUUCCUUUUUCGUUUUGGUGUAUUUUAGAAAAAUUUACAUAUAUAGCAUUUUGGCAAGCUUAUAUAAAACAAUUGCGAAUAGAAGAAAAUGUUUAAAAUCAUCUACUAUUGUUUCAAAGAUAUUUAUUACGAUAGAUUAUUUAUUAACAUAAUAACUGCGAAUUAUUUAUGUUAUUAAUUUAUAUU